AUGGCGCCCGCCCAGCCUGAGCUCAAGAAGUACCUCGACAAGCGCCUGUUUGUACAACUGAAUGGCAGCCGAAAGGUCAUUGGUGUCCUGCGUGGAUAUGAUGUAUUUCUAAACAUUGUGCUGGAUGAUGCGUUCGAAGAGAGGGAGGGUGGUAAUAAAGCCAAACUAGGCAUGGUGCUCAAGGUCAUCCGUGGCAACUCGGUUGUCAUGCUGGAAGCUAUGGAGCGGAUCGGCGGCGACGACAGACAACACCGAUAA